AUGGCUUCGUCCAGCUCCUCCAGCACCUCAGGCGGCCCCAUCGCCAGAGGAUCUCGAAGGAGGAGGCUCGUUCUGAAGCUGAGCCAGAAGGACACCCUGCAAGCGCUCUUUCAACAGAACCCCUACCCUGGGAUAGCGACCAGAGAACGACUGGCCCGAGAGCUUGGCAUUGCCGAAAGCAGAGUUCAGGUCUGGUUUCAGAACCAACGAAGAAGACGGUUAAAGCAGAGCCGAUCGCCGUCUGCAAAUAUGCGCCAAGACGGGGAAGGGGCGCCAGGGUCCACGGCCAGGCCACCGUCGACACCUCGUCGACCUCAGUCUUCCACUCAAGAUAUGGUUUCAAAACCGAAGAGCUCGGCACCCCCAGCAGAGCGCAAGGGGGCCUGGCAAUGUCCGGGCCCGAGGACCAGGCGGCGCAUCGGCCACGACCGCUCCUGCUCCAGAGGACCGAAGGGCCCCACCCGCUGUCCACAGCACCUCUCCUCCCCUUGGCCCCUCUCAGACACAGGAGAGCAUGCCACCCUUGGCUGCAGCCGCUCCUUUGGGCGCCCCCACCUUCUGGGUGCCCGGGACUGCCUCUGGGGUCUGUGUGGGCAGCCGUUGAUGUUCUUCGUGAUCCAGCCCAGCCCGAUGGCUCUCCAGCCAAGUGAGAAGCCACCACCUCCUCCCCAGGUAGCAGUGCCCUGGGCCGCGUGCUCCCCUGCUGACACGGCCCCUUGGCAGCCUGGGCCAGGGGCCAUCCUGCCGCCUCUACAGCCUGAGACACACAUCAGGCGGAGGCCAGAGUCACCCGUUGCUGAAGGCACGGCCCCUCUGCUAGAGCCACAGCCCCAUCCGCCCAGCCUUCCAAGAUCGACAAGCCUCCUAGAUGAGCUCUUGGCGGCCACCGGCAUCCUGGAAACGCAGGCGCCUUCCGCGGGGGACGCUGCAGAUGCACGAGUGCACCCUGCCCUCCCAGGCGAACCCAGCAUCCUAGAAGAGUUCGUGGAGGCCACGGGCAUCCCGGACAUGCAGGCGCCUUGCCCGGGGGCCGCUGCAGAUGCACGAGUGCACCCUGCCCUGCCAGACGCACCCAGCUUCCUAGACGAGCUCUUGGAGGCCAUGGGCAUCACAGACUGGCAGGCGCCUUCCCCGGGGGCUGCUGCGGAUGCAGGAGCACACCCUGCCCUCCCAGGCACAGCCAGCAUCCUAGAAGAGUUCGUGGAGGCCACAGGCAUCCCGGACACGCAGGCGCCUUCCCCGGGGGCUGCUGCAGAUUCAGAAGUGCACCCUGCCCUGCCAGACGCACCCAGCUUCCUUGACGAGCUCUUGGAAGCCACGGGCAUCGCAGACUGGCAGGCACCUUCCCCGGGGGCCGCUGCAGAUGCAGGAGCGCACCCUGCCCUGCCAGUUGCAACCAGCUUCCUAGACGAGCUCUUGGAUGCCACGGGCAUCGAGGACUCUCAGGCGCCUUCCCCGGAGCCCGGUGCAGAUGCAGGAGUGCACCCUGCCCUGCCAGACCCACCCAGCUUCCUAGACGAGCUCUUGGAGGCCACGGGCCUCGGGUCCUCGCAGGCGCCUUCCCCGGGGGCCGCUGCAGAUGCAGGAGCACACCCUGCCCUGCCAGGCACACCCAGCUUUCUAGGCCAGCUCUUGGAGGCCACGGAUAUUGCGGCCUCGCAGGCGCCUUCCCUGGGGCCCUAUGCAGAUGCAGGAGCACACCUCGCCCUCCCAGGCUCACCCAGCCUCCAAGAUGAGCUCCUGGCCGUCACAUGCAUCCCGGGCUCGCCGGGUCCUUCCCUGGGGUCCUCUCCUGUCAUCCCAGGGUACCAUCCAGCCCUCCCCGGGUCUCCCAGCCUCCUAGAGGAAAUCAUGGCUGCCUCGUCCAUCCAGGACACGCCCUGGUCUUCACCGCGGGCCGCUGCGGACGAAGAAGGAGUUGAGGCAAUCCUGGAGGCACCCCUCAGAGAGGAGGAUUACCAGGCACUCCUGGACAUGCUGCCAGGCUCCCCAGGCCCUCGGACUUAG